GCUGUAAGGUAGGCAGGGCAGGAUUUACCUGUAACCCAGGUUUGUGCUCCUGUCUCUCUCUCUCUCUCUCUCUCUGUCUGUCUUUCUCUCUGUCUCUCUCUCCGUAUGUGUGUGUAUGAGAGAGAGAGUGUGUGUGUGUGUGUGGUGUGUGUGUCUGCACCGACCUGAAAGUCCAGUUUCUCCAGGAUUUAUCGCCGAGGAGCCAAAACCAUCAUCAUGUCACAGGACUCAGACAACAGUAAGAGGCUGUUGGUGGUGGUCCCUAACGAUCCUCUCCAUGGGCGUCGCCCCUACACCAGUGAGGACGAGGCGUGGAGGUCGUACCUGGAGAAUCCGCUCACCGCCGCCACGAAAGCCAUGAUGAGCAUCAAUGGGGACGAGGACAGCGCCGCCGCUCUGGGCCUGCUGUACGAGUACUACAAGGUUCCUAAAGAUAAGCGCGUGCUGCCUGUCAGCAGAGUGGUGGAAGUGGCAGAGGAACAGGAGAAAAGCAGUGUGUCCGACGCCCCGUCAGUAGAUAAUCACGUUCAGGUGUUGAAGUCGGUUCCAGUGAAUUUGUCUCUCAGUGCUGAGCCUCAUGACGCCAAGCGAGACGGCUUUACUGACAGCAGCCACGUUGCCACGGUGAAGGCCGAGGUGUACACCCCCGUCUUCAUGAACUCCGCCCUUCAGUACCGUAACGAGGGUGAGGAGCAGGCGAGGGUGGUGUAUGAAGCAAGCGGUCAUGUGCUGAGCACCGAUCACACUGAGUAUGGGAAAGACGCCCAGCGCAGUAGCCCUGACAGCACAUACGACGACGAGGACGACAGCGCAGAGAAAUAUCGUCCCUCGUCUCAUGGAGCCAACGAGUUCAUCUUCGACCAAUCAAACGUAGACACGUUCCAGUACACUCUGGAUGCCACCAGGUCACUGAGACAGAAACAGGGCGAGGGGCCGAUGAGUUACCUGAAUAAAGGGCAGUUUUAUGCCGUGACGCUGAACGAGACGAGCAGCAACAAACGCCUGAGACACCCCAUCAGCAAAGUGCGGAGUGUUGUCAUGGUGGUGUUCAGUGAAGAUAAGAACCGAGAUGAACAGCUGAAGUACUGGAGAUACUGGCACUCUCGCCAGCACACGGCUAAGCAGCGGGUCCUUGACAUCGCGGACUACAAAGAGAGCUUCAACACGAUCGGGAACAUCGAGGAGAUUGCCUACAAUGCCGUGUCCUUCACAUGGGAUGUCAACGAGGAAGCCAAGAUCUUCAUCACAGUGAACUGCCUGAGCACAGACUUCUCCUCUCAGAAGGGAGUGAAGGGUCUGCCGCUGAUGAUCCAGAUCGACACGUACAGCUACAACAACCGCAGCAACAAACCACUGCACAGAGCCUACUGCCAGAUCAAAGUGUUCUGUGACAAGGGUGCAGAGAGGAAGAUCCGAGACGAGGAGAGGAAGCAGAACCGCAAGAAGUCAAAAGGGAAAGACGUGGGUGCCGGAGCCGUCACUCUGCCCAAAAAGGGCGACACCACGCUGUUCAGGACGAUGACGGACCUGGACGCCCAGCCCGUCCUCUUCAUCCCUGACGUACACUUCGGAAACCUGCAGAGAGCAGCACAGGUUUUUGCCUUCAACACUGAAGAGAUCGAGAGAGAAGGGAGUGUGUUAGUAAAGAGGAUGUUCAGGACAUCAGAUGACGAUUGCUGCCCUUCGCCUCAUAAACAGCUCCGAGAGGAACCGCAGAAAAGAGUGCUCCUGUACGUCAGAAAAGAGUGUGACGAGGUGUUCGAUGCCCUCAUGCUGCGUUCACCGACGCUCCGCGGCCUCAUGGACGCAAUCUCGGAGAAAUACAGCGUGCCUGUGGAGAGGAUCGCUAAAAUCUACAAAAAGAGCAAGAAAGGGAUCCUGGUGAACAUGGACGACAACAUCAUCGAGCAUUACUCCAACGAGGACACCUUCAUCCUGAGCAUCGACAGCUACGGCGACGCCUACAAAAUCACUCUGAUGGAGAUUUAGCCGUUUUUAUUUCCUGAAACUGGGAAAAUGAAGAGCUGAAGAGCCCUUUCCAGUGUCAGGGUCAUGGCGGAAGCAGAGCUGCGUUCAGUGUCUGCGCCGUCGAAACGUUGCCGUACGAUUUCAAAUCAGAUUCAAACCAAGCAGCUUCCUCUCACGCUGCUGUUCCACACAAACACGAAGAGUCGACUCGUCAGUCACGUGAUUCCCGGCUUCACUCAAAUCCGAGACCGAACAGGAAGCGCUCCUGUGUGUGAUAAUGUGACAUUGCUUUAUCGUUCGUUACAAAUGUAAAUUCAGGACAGUACAGAGAAAGGCGUUCAAAUCAGAGACGGGAAAUUUUAUACUCCAUAAACUGACACUGAUUUUCUGAUCAUGGAUCAUUUCACAGGUUUAACCUUCACACAUUUCAGACGAACAGCCUCAUCUUUAAACUCAUACGUUUUUAUUUUUGCAUUUAGAAAUAUAAUUCCUCAAAUAUACAGUGCCCUUCAUAAUUAUUGGCACCCCACAUUGUUAUUAUUAUUAUUAUUUACAUUACAUUACAGCCCUGUGAUGACCUGGCGACUUGUCCAGGGUGAACCCCGCCUUUCGCCCGUAGUCAGCUGGGAUAGGCUCCAGCUUGCCUGCGACCCUGUAGAACAGGAUAAAGCGGCUACAGAUAAUGAGAUGAGAUGAGAUGAGACAUUACAUUACAUUACUGAACUCCAGUAGAAACCAUGGCCUAAUGCUUAGAGAAGCAGCUUUGGGACCAAAAGGUUGCCGGUUUGAUUCCCUGGACCAGCAAGCAUGCCUGAAGUGCCCUUGAGCAAGUCACCGAACCCCCAACGGCUGCUCUGGGUGCAUUGUAUGUCGUUCUGGAUAAGCGCGCCUGCUAAACGCCAUUAAGAUUCAAAGAUUUUCUAUUGUCAAUUCAUUAUAUAUCCAGGAUAUAUAGGAGAAUCGAAAUGCCGUUUCUCUCUCACCUUACUUGUAAAAAACAGAUAAAGAUUACAAAAAAAAAUUAAGAACAAACAAUAUAUAUACCGUAUAUAUAUAUAUAUAUAUAUAUAUAUAUAUAUAUAUAUAUAUAUAAACAUUUUUAAAUAUAGAUAAUAUAGAUAAAAAAUACACUCUAAAAUCAAGCAAUGUACAAAAUAGCAGUAGUGAUCUACAUACAUUACAUUAGUCUAAUGUAAUGUAUUAUUUACAUCAUUGAUCAGGGAUUUGUUUUUUCUCUGAAUAAAUUUAUUUCAAUUAAAGGUUGGAUUUUUUUUUUUUCAGUUUGAGAUGAAACGACUUCACCCAAAGGUGAAUUUUUUUUUCUAAACAUUUGUACGAAUAUUUACAAGGGGUGCCAAUAAUUGUGGAGGGCACUGUGUUUGUAACUGGAAAUAAAAAAAAGAACAUGUUGUGAAACCGUGCUGCAGGAUAAUAAAAAAUAAUAAAUUCAUGUAUCUAAAAUAGAUGAUGAUAUUCAACAUGAAAUGGUUUGGAGACGAUGUCAGUGCAGCAAGAUCGGAUACAAAUUUAAAUAUAUAUAUAUAUAAAAUAAUUAGUAAAAAAUAAUAAGAUGGAUAUUUUGGAUAAAAUUUAAAGCACGUUUUCUGUUAUUUUUAAACAACGUGAACCGAUCAUUCAGUUCAGCCAGCGAGAGAAAACGUGAACGUGUGAACAAAUUUCUGGCAGAUGAAUUUUAUUAAAUAAAUAAACAGACAAACAAACAAAAUUGUGAUAAUGUAAUGUUGCAGAACGGAGUCUCACAUUUAUUCUCACCUCAUCCACAUUUCUCCAGUACAGACUGAUGUUUUUGAUUAAUAUAUAUAUAAUUAUUAUGUUGUGCCAUGUACAGUUUUUUAUUUGUUUAUCUGUUUGUGUCAUGAAUUUUUAAAUAUCAUUCAGAUGUAACUGUAGUCCACAUCGUUACUGUUUUUUUUAACGUAUUGCACUCGUCGAUGUGCCGUCAGACGUCCAGCAAUUUCCUCCCGUGUUUAAGACGCUUGUGAGUCUUGAUGUUACACUCAGCCAUUUCCUGUACGAGUAUAAAACCACGCCUCCACUUUAGCGUUAGAUGUUUGUGUGUAUUUGUACGUCCAGGCGUUUCCUGUUGUGAAUCUCAAUUUCAUGUUGUUCUGUCUUUCAUUCCAGAAGAUUUUAGUGAGAACGCAGAUGUUCGGCUCAUCACUGAAGAUCGAACUAUUUUUGUAAAUAAAUUUUUUCGUGCCAUGAAA